AUGUCUCUGUCCAGUCGACAGAUGGCUAUCGUCAACCCCCCUCCCCCGGCAUACAUAAAUGCCCAAAAGACUGGCCGCCUCACGAAUCAGCUGCAGUACCUGCGGAGGGUGGUUCUGAAGGCUCUAUGGCAGCACAGCUUCUCUUGGCCCUUCCAGCAGCCCGUGGAUGCGGCCAAGCUCAAGCUCCCGGACUAUUACAGCAUCAUCAAGAAGCCGAUGGACUUGAGCACAAUAAAAAAGCGCUUGGAGCAUAAGUACUAUGUGACAUCAUCAGAAUGCAUUGAAGACUUGAAGACCAUGUUCAGCAAUUGUUACUUAUAUAACAAGCCAGGUGAUGACAUUGUUCUCAUGGCACAAGCCUUAGAGAAACUGUUUUUGCAAAAACUGUCUCAAAUGCCUUCAGAAGAACAAGUGAUAGGUGGAAAAGAGAGAAAAAGAAAAGGUACUCAACCAUCUUCAGGAGCUUCUACUGUUAAAGAAAAAAAAUCCCCCAAUACCUCUGAAAUGGUGGCUAAGCAGCAAGCGAUUCCAUCUUCCGUAUGUGCACAGACGUCAUUUUCUCCAUUGCCCAUGGCUAGCACAGCUUUGCCAAGCUGCACCACACAAACUGUACCACAGGUUAAAAGGGGUGUGAAAAGGAAAGCAGAUACGACAACCCCUACUACUUCAAUAGUUACAGCCAGGAGUGAAUCUUCAACUCUAGUUGAACACAAAUCUGCUAAAAUACCACUUUUAAAAGAAAAAGUCAUGAAGGGUAUUGCUCCAGAUUCUCAGCAACAAUAUAAAGUUGUGAAGAGUGUUAAAUUAACUGAGCAAUUAAAAUACUGUAAUGAGAUUCUUAAAGAAAUGUUUUCAAAGAAGCAUGUGGCAUAUGCUUGGCCUUUUUAUAAACCCGUUGAUGUUACCGCUUUAGGACUCCAUAAUUACUAUGAUGUUGUUAAGAAUCCAAUGGAUCUCGGAACAAUUAAAAAGAAAAUGGACAACCAAGAAUAUAAGGAUGCUCAUGAAUUUGCAGCAGAUGUCCGGCUAAUGUUCAUGAAUUGCUACAAGUAUAACCCUCCGGAUCAUGAGGUGGUAGCAAUGGCAAGAACCCUUCAGGAUGUUUUUGAGAUGCAGUUUGCGAAGAUCCCAGAUGAACCCAUUGAGAGGAUGCCGAUAUGCUACAUUAAAAAAGAUGUCAGAAAAGCUUUUUGUAGAGAAAGUAGCAGCGAUGCUUCCUCUGAAGACAACUCUUCGGAUGAGUCACCUGAUGAACGAGUACAGCACCUUGCGAAGCUUCAGGAGCAGCUUAAAGCCGUUCAUCAACAGCUACAAGUUCUAUCUCAAGUACCUUACCACAAGCUAAAGAAAAAGAACGAAAGAUCUAAAAGAGGGAAGAAGAAAGAAAAAAAGAAAUUUGUCAACAAAGAUGAAAGUCAGAGGAAAAAAUUUAAGCAAAUAAAACUAAAGAAAAAGCUGAAAAACAGCCAGCCCAAAAAGCCCAAGCAACAGAUGUUGGCGUAUAAAUCUGAGGAUGAAGAUAAUGCUAAGCCUAUGAAUUAUGAUGAGAAAAGACAACUAAGCUUGGAUAUAAACAAACUCCCCGGAGACAAGCUUGGGCGAGUGGUCCAUAUCAUAGAGUCAAGAGAACCGUCUUUAAGAAAUUCUAAUCCUGACGAGAUAGAAAUUGAUUUUGAAACACUGAAAGCGUCGACCCUGAGAGAACUGGAGAAGUACGUCAUGGCUUGUCUGAGAAGGAGGCCCAGGAAGUUUCACGCUAAGAAAAUAAUGAAAUCCAAAGAAGAGCUUCAUUCACAGAAAAAACAGGAGUUGGAAAAGCGGUUACUGGAUGUCAGUAACCAGUUAAAUUCUAGGAAACGCCAAACAAAAUCUGAGAAAACUCAAUUGUCCAAGGCAGCAGCAGGAGGGGCCACAAGGCUGAGCGAGAGCAGCAGCAGCAGCAGUGGUGGUGGCGGCGGCGGCGGCAGCAGCUCUUCAGCCUCAGGCAGCAGCAGCAGCGACUCAAGCUCUUCUGAUAGCAGCGAUUCCGAAUCAGAAAAAGUUCCCCUGUUAACUGGAAACAGACAGAGUGCUUCCCCUUCCAAAGGAAAGAUGAAGACCUUGUCUUCCUGUAUGAUAUUAAAUCAAGAUCUAGUAGCUAUUAAGAAUCACCAAGAACCUCAACAGUUACAGACUUCACAAAGCCUUCCAGUAGCAGAAAUUAGCAUACCUCUUUCAAGUCUUCCUGAAAUUGUGUCUCCAGUAGAUGUUACUUCGCUGCUACAUAAUGCACCAAAUGCCCUCACUUUUGAGCCCAUUGGCCCCAUUCUCAUUGUUACAGAGAAUACUUCAUUAAGUGGUGACAAAAAGAAUGAGGCCACAUCUGCAGUGAACGUUGGAAAAUCACCCCCUCUUCUAAAUGUGAUACGGGAAGGAAUCGACUCUAAAACUGUGGAAAAAGUGGAAAGAGAGCCUGAGCGGCCCCUAGCUGAUGGCAACGGGUUGGAGCCUGAACUUGAUACUUCUGUUAAGAGGGAUAUAAAGAUCAGGAACGUGGACUCUUGGACAAAUUUAGGCAAGACAGUCAAGACUUCAGUCCUGCCCAAAUCGUCAGACGAUCUCUUCCAGCAGUUCAGAAAAGCAGCCAUAGACAAGGAAGUGAGGACCCGAACACAGGAGCUGAUAGGGAAGCAGCUGCCUCAGAAGCCUGAGCCAUCAAAAGCCCACCCAGAUGAGCAGAGGCUCUUUGACAAGAAUGCAAACGCAAUUCAAGAUGAAUGUUACCCUGAGCGGCAGAAGCCUCCUCAGGCACCAUUGGAAGUUCAAGAAGAUGGCUGGCCGAUCAAAGACCGUAAUUUGGCAAGAAAGAAAGAGCAAGAGCGAAGGAGAAGGCAAGCAAUGGCCAGCACCAUCGAUAUGAAUCUGCAAAGCGACAUCAUGAUGACCUUUGAAGAAAACCAUGAUUUUAACGUAGCCAGUAGCUGCGCGGAGCGGGCGGGGCCCAAGCGAGCCCUUCCGAGGCUACGCCAAGGCUGGGCACGAGAGAUCUGGGUCCACCCGAGCUCCUGGGGAACCCAGAGCUGGGAGUCCUCAUCUGAAGCUCUGCAGGAGUGUGUGGGGGUGUCCCCGGGGCGCAGCCUGUCCCCUGCUCCGUUCGACUCAGUCAGCCCCGAGUCUGUGCUCCCGGCUGGACUUGGGGGGGGGGUGCGAGGAGCGGACGCCCGCCAGCCAGCGCCUGCCGGUCCGGGUACCCGGGCGCAGGGGCCGAGGACGCAGCUCGGCAGAACCGGGGAAGGGGGCUGA